AUGGUGGACACACAGCAUUUCUGCCUGCGCUGGAACAAUUACCAGAGCAGCAUCACAAGCGCCUUCGAGAACCUUCGAGAUGAUGAGGACUUCGUGGACGUCACCCUGGCCUGUGAUGGCAAGAGUCUGAAGGCACAUCGAGUUGUCCUGUCAGCCUGCAGCCCUUAUUUUAGGGAGCUUUUAAAGUCAACGCCAUGCAAGCACCCAGUGAUAGUCCUGCAAGACGUGGCGUUCACGGACCUGCACGCGCUGGUGGAGUUCAUCUACCAUGGCGAGGUGAACGUCCACCAGAGGAGUCUCUCCUCCUUCCUGAAGACAGCUGAGGUGCUGCGCGUCUCCGGACUCACGCACAAUGAUAAUGCACAGGGGCCCCUGAUGCAGCCAGCACGCGCCCCAUCCACGACAUCGCCGCACACGCCACCACACUCCGCUCACAGCACGCACAUCAGCCACACGCCCUCCUACGACCGCCUGGAGGAGGCCCUGCUGCAGCCGACCAGCUCCAGCGUGCAGCAGCUCAUGCGCCGCACGCCGCUGCCGCCGCGCCGGCUCAGCCGCUCGGCCGACAACAGCCCUGACGUCAUCAAGCGUCCGCGUCACGACAAUAAUAAUGAACAGCCCCAGAUUCACGACUUCUCUACGAAGAACAACACCCACGCUCGUGCCCACAACGAGUCGGGCAACAACGGGAAUGGCAUCUCCAACAGCAGCUCCUCACCGUCUCCGCGGCUCAUGGACGAUGUGAAGAACGAGCCCAUCGACAUGAUCUGCCCAUCCAACCCGGACAUCGAUCGGAGCACGGACGACACGCCGCCGCAUCACCACAGACCACUUGGAGGAGGUCCGCCGUCUCGCGGCAGCUCUGCUGAUGCUGAGGAGUGCACGCCACCACCACACCCGCCGUCAUUCAUACAGCCACCAGACACGAAGCUCUUCAACCCGGCCAACACAUACAACUUUACUAUGGAGGCUCUUUCGCAUCCCUCUCUGACUGGUCUCCAGAGUCCACUGGCUCCGGACGGCAUCGCAAGCACUUCUCAAGCAGUCCCGCCCCUCCGUAUGCCCCCGCCCACUGCCGGCGGUAUCAACGAGCCACAAGAGUGUCCUUACUGCCGCAGGACAUUCUCUUGUUACUAUUCCUUGAAGCGACACUUCCAAGACAAGCACGAGCAGUCGGACACGCUGUACGUGUGCGAGUUCUGCCACCGGAGGUACAGGACCAAGAACUCGCUGACCACGCACAAGAGCCUGCAGCACCGCGGCUCCAGCGGCAUGCUGAAGCGGCUGCUGAAGACGUCGGCGCUGCACUCGGCGCUGGCGCCCUCGCCGCACCACCUGUUCGACCUGGGCGCCGACCACGGCCCGCAGCUGCCGCCUGGCCUUCAAUGA